AUCCAGGCUACGCUGUGAAGCACGAUCUGUUCUUUAACUUGCUAGCGCUUCAUUGGUUCAGCGCUCUGCGAAAGCACCUCGAUAGCUUCUUGGCCCUUAGCACUCGCAAUACGCAGAAUCCGCGCGUGCCUCGGUUGCGAGAACAAGGGAGUAAUUCUGAUCCCAAGCGACACUUUCGUUCGCAGUCUGGCGCCCUGGAAACUCGGAGCCCGGAAGAUUCGCAGAUCAUGUCGCUCGACUCUUUUGUCACCUUACUCGUUCACGACUCCCACUCGCUGAGUGGCUGGAAAUCGCAGGGUAGUAGGACCGAGGCAGACAGAGUAACCUCCAGCCUGUUGGAGCUAUGUGGGGAUGGCGAAGCUACGCUCGUCGGCUCUCCCUCACAAACAAAAGACGCACCCAUCAAGGCCGCCGAUUCUCACUCCAUCGCUGACGAAAACAAAGGGGUCACCACCGUCAUCCUACGCUCGGGUCCACGAACAGACUGGUGGCGCACAGCAGCUGGCUGCCAUCCCGAAUCGGACGUCAACCGCCGCACGGGUCCCAGUUUGACGCUCCACGCCGACGCGCGCGUCAACUUUACAGCAGGCGUGUGGAUCCGUUGCGGGGAUUUCAAAGAGCGAUUUCAGCAGGGUACGCUAUUUGUACAUGCUGGUAGCCUGAGUCAGAUGGUGACUUCGCAAGGCAAGCCGGCUCAAAACGCUAAUUGGCUCAAAGUAGGAAUCGAGAGGGAAGGAGAUGAUGAAUUUCUUGGAUCGGUCGUGUGCAGCCCUUACUCGGAUUGGGCCAUCCAAAAAGCGCCUGUGCCCCCGUCUGCCUCACCUUCAACUUCUUCAGCAGCAUCACAGAAAAGACACUGGAUAUGGGUGCAAGUCAAGCGCCACGGACCGGACGUCACGAUAUCUUACGCAGUCUCUCCACCAUCUGCUUCUGCGUCUCACACGUCCGAGGCUGAGGCACCGCGCCGCAUGCCAUCAGAAAAAGAACUAACCCUGAUGCGAGAGGUGAAAGGAUUCAAUGUUCGACUCGAAGACGGCAGUGUGCCAGAUUCGCAGAACGACGCUGCAUUCCAAGAGUGGAGAGUCGGGAUCAUGACAUGUGGUCCUCUGUCGGAGCACACCGAGGCGAUAUACUCUGGCUUUCACAUGUGCAUUGAUUCGUGAAAUAAGGGCCCCUUGCACGGCUUUGCCUCGGUCGGUGUAGAAUAGGUCGAUGGUAUUCCAUGUCCUACGUCUCUGCAAAUAUUGCCCAGACAC